AUGGCGAUUUUCAUCACCAAUGCUAUCCUUACUAUUGAGCCCAUCAUUUCUGCCAUCAUUGCCUCUUCUCCCUCCUCUGUCAGCAUCGCUGCCACCAUUGCCCUUACCGCCACCGCCACCGCCACCACCACCACCACCGUCUCCACCUCUGCCGUCGCUUCUACCGCUACCGCCGUUGCCACCCUUGACGUCGAUAUUGCCAUUGCUAUUGCCAUAAUCUUCAUAAUCAUUGCCAUUAUCUUCAGUUUCACUUACACUCGCACCAGUGUAACUUGCCACCCCUUUCGCUUUUGGUGCAUUUAUUAA